GAGGAGGAGGUGGCAGCGAAGCAGGAACGGCGCUGGAAGCAGUGGGAGAGGGACAGCUCCGACGGGGCGGGGGCCCCGGCUGUGCCCCUCAGCAGGACUAGACCGUCCCCACAACCUGCCCCCUCUCCCUACUCAUCCCUCAUGCCGGGGAAGCUGAGGCGCAGCAGGCGGGAGGUGCUGGGGGAGAAGCAGUGGCGGAGCGUGGAGGAGAAGGGAAGUGCCCAGCUGGAGCAGCCCAAGCUCACCAGAUCCAGGACUUAUGAGUCCUCCUGCAAGGAGACAGAGCAAGUGGCCACGGGCAGGCAGGGACCCCCAUCCCCCUCGCUGAGCAAGCAGGACAGCGGCUACCGCCGGGCCUUCGGGGACCUCGCCGAGCAGGACGUGCUGCUGGGCUGCUUCUCAUGUGCCUGGCAGAGAGAAAUGCCCUACCACGGCCGCCUCUACGUGUCCUCCCGCCACAUCUGCUUCCACUCCAACCUCCUGCUCAAGGACAUCAAGGCCGUGGUCCCUGUCACCUCCAUCUCAGCCCUCAAAAAGACCAACACGGCGCUGCUGGUGCCCAACGCAAUCAGCAUCCGCACGGCCAAGGGGGAGAAGUUCCUCUUUGUGUCGCUGCGCCAGCGAGAGGCCACGUACCAGCUCCUGAGGUCGGUGUGCAAACACCUGCAGGACAGCGGCCAGAGCCCUCGAGACUCAGUGAGCUCUGAGGAAACCCUUGGGAAGAUCUCCAGCCAGUCAGCCCUGGAGCAGAGCACCCCGGAGCCCAACAGCCUCCCCGAAUCCCUGGGACACAUAGACCCCUCCCUGGGGUAUUCAUCGAGUGUCUCCUGGUCACCUGCAGAUGAGCCAAACCCGAGAUCAAGGCAGGCAGAGGACAAGGAUGGAGAGGUGGCCCUGCUGGUUCCCAGCAGCAGCAAAUGGGUGCCCUCAGCAGAGAAACGUGGCUACUGGGGGAGACCCCACACCGUGCUCUGGGCCUGGGCCACUGCACUUUGGCCGCAGAUAAACCCCCAGCUGAGCUCUCUCAACAUCAUCAUCAUCAUCUACCUGCUGCUCAUGGUGGCCUUGCUGUUGUCCUCGGGGUACAUCGGCCUGCGCAUCGCGGAGCUGGAGCAGCAGCUGUCCUUCGCGGGGGCUGGGCCACACCUCAACCUGUCACCACAGUGAAUGGGGGACGUGGGGGGCUCUGUCCCCAGCAGAGACUCCUCCUCACUCUGCCUUCCCCAAGGUACAAGGAGAACAUGAGGACACUGAGGACCAUCACCAGAGCUCCAGCCGUGGGUCAGGGGGUUCAGGGGCUGCUCUGAGCCCUCCCUUGGCCUCUCGGCAGGGGGCUCUAUCACCAAGUGCCUUCCAAAUCCCCAUGAUGCAUGGGAAGGCUUAGAGGCUCCAUGUCUCCCUGUUUGCCCACCCUGAGCAGCAGCAGAAGAAACCCAGGAAGCUCCCAGCAGGGCAGAGAGCAGGGAAGGCAGGCUGGAGUCAGCAGCAACCCCAGCCAGCCCUCCCUGCCCAGAGGGAGCAGGCAGAGGGAGUCAAGCCCCAGGCAAGGCAGGGGCACAGAGAACAGAAUAUUCUAUUAAUAAAGAUUAAUAAAAAAAUCUA